AGGGGUGGCUAUGGCAUCCUGUUCCAAAGAGCAGUACUGGGACGCCUUGGCAAAAACCUGUGUCUCCUGCUCGUUGACUUGCAGCCAGAGGAGCCAGCGCACCUGCACAGACUUCUGCAAGUUCCUCAGUUGCCGCAAAGAGCAAGGCACGUACUACGACCAUCUCCUUGGAACCUGUGUCAACUGUGCCUCCACCUGUGGACAGCACCCUUGGCAGUGUGCACACUUUUGUAAGAACAAGCCCAGAAGUCGGGUGAACCUCUUGCCUGACUUCGGGAGACCACAGUCCAGGGAGGUGGAAGCCAGGUCGGAAAACCCAGGAAGGAACCAGGGGUCAGAGCACAGAGGCUUGGACGCAGGUCCAGGUCUGAGGCUGAGUGGUGACCAGCUGGCCCUCGUCUACAGCACACUGGGGCUCUGCCUCUGCUUCAUCUUCUGCCUCUUCUUGGUGGCCGUGGCCUGCUUCCUCCGGCGAAGGGGAGAGCCACUCCCCAGUCAGCGUGCAGCAGUGCCCCGUAGGCCACAGGCCAAGUCCCCCCACGGCCCUGCGACAGAGGUCCACAGCGAAGCUUCGCCGCCGCAGCCUGUAGAGACCUGCAGCUUCUGCUUCCCAGAGCGCAGGCCGCCCACGCAGGAAAGCUCGCGCGCAGGGGUGACCCUUGGCCACGCAGGCACCGCCGCCCUGCAGUCCUGCGCACACGCCCCUGACAGCAGCCUGGGCGUCCUGCGCGCACCCACUCAGGACGUGGGCCCCGACGCGUGACAGCCGCUGGAGAGCGAGAUCAAGGAGACCGCGGAGCACGAGAGGCCGGGAGGGAUGGGGGAGACGGAAGAGAAGACGCGGGAGAACCGGGGCAGCACCCGCGGAGCAAGAAGGCGACCGCCCACGUCCACGGAGCCCACGCUUCGCUCUGACAGCCUAUUGGUUGCUGGCAACACCGUGACCCAGGCUUUGCACAUACACCUUUCCACAGAGCAGUCAACCUGUGCCCUUCUCGUUGGUGGAGGAAGAUGAAGAGAAGCCACAUCUAAGGAGCCCGAGGGCGGCACCUGAGGCAUUGUCUACACGGUCCUUACAAGUACCCUGAGUUCUAUGUACAUGUGCAAUGUUGUGUCAUGUGUGCAAGUGUAUGUGAAUUGUGUGUAUGAGUCGUUUAUGUGCACACAUGUAUAUGUGCAAAUUCUGUGUAUGCACGUGUGUGUACACAACAUGGCAUGGCCAGGCAAGGAAAGUGAGGGCCACUCCAGGUGAAGGCCAAACAUCUGAACGAAUGCUGGGUACUCCCUGGACUUGUACCCAUUUUAAUGAGCAUUUAAGCCUUCCUCUUUAGUUGCAUUUAAGCCUCCAGGUGCAUAAAACUAUCCUUAGAAACAUUUUCCAAGCAAGGAAAAUGUGUGACUGUGCACAGUAAAACUGCUCAUCCUUACUACCCAGGUACUUGGCAGGCCUAUCCACCCCCAAAGGCCACAGCUUACUUGGGCAGGUUCAGAUAGGAGUCUUGGUGCUCCAUCUGAGCUCCUGUUCUCACCAUCCCUGGCUGGUAGGCUGCACACAGGUCACCAUCCACAGUACCACCGAUGGCAGCUCCAAUAAUAGUGGCAGUCCACAGCUGGGGAGUUUGGAAGUCUGUGAUCAAGGUGCCUGCAGAAUUGGCUCCUCCUAAGGCUGCACAUGCCAGACCUGUGCAUGGCUUCCCCUUAACUUAGUGGUGGCCAUUCUCCCUCUUCACUCAGUCUCUGGGUCCAAAUUCCCCUUUAUAAUCCAGAUUAGGCACCACCAAAUGAGUUCAUUUUGACUUCUUUGUAAAGACCUUAUCUCCAAAUAAGGUCACAUCUGAAGCUCAGGGUUAGGACUUCAAUAUACAAGGUUUGGGGGACAAAUUCAACCCACAACAAAGGCCUUGAGAGGCUGCCACUGCUUCAUCUGUCAACAAGUUGGAGUCUGACCAGUUCUAUUUCAAGAUAUGUUUUGUCCAGUGUUGUUCCAACUCACAUCCCUACCACACCUACUAUGAUCAACUUCAUUUCUUGCACCAGGGAUGGCAAGAAGACCCUUGUCCUUGGGUGCUGGAUGUGAGGUGAGGAAUGUUAUGGUCGCAUGUUCAGACAGUCUCAGGAGAUACACCCACUUCUUGUCUUUAGAUCUGUAGUUUUACAGUUCUGCCCAUCUGAAUCUGAGGGGCUCUGGAUUCAAGAUGCUUCUGAAAGCAGGAGCAGAGGAGCCAAUAACAUGGCACUGAGAGCCCAGCCUCAGCUUCAAAGAUCUUGGGGGGUUUUGGUAAGCAUUUCAACUGGUGUUUUGCAUAUAAAUUUUGUUUUUAAAAAGAAAAGGCUCUUUUGCUAAUUUUAUGUUGUGUUGGUCCUAAAUAUAGCCCGAUUCCACUUGCAUGACCUCUUUACAAUUUUUACUAUGUAUUAAUUGAAUAAAAUGGGUUUCAUUACAUAUCUUCAAACAUGUAUACAAUAUGCUUGAUAAUAGUCCCCCAUCCCCCUUCCACAGUCCCCUCUUCCUAAAUAGUUCCCCUUCUAGCUUCAUGUCUUUCAGAAGCUGUCUAGAUCUCUAUAUGUGAGAAAACACACUUGUCUUCCUGGAUCUUAGCAUGAUGAUCUCACAUUCCGUCC